CCCUUCUCUUUUCUACAGUAUCUGUUACCUCAGUCAGAUUGAGGAUGCACAUAUAUGGGGAAAAUAAUCGACUUCCAGCGUCCCUCAUGUAAUCUCUACCUGAUUCAGGAAUCUCUAACCCAGUACCGGAACGUUAAGCGGCUUCUCCGCUUUCCUGCCGUGAGAAACUCGAGGUGACAACCUCCGUUUCCGGUUGGCUCCGGUUGCAGAGUUGAGUGUCCUGAGAGGUCAGAUUACUGUCAGGUAAAUUAGGGAGUUGGUGGGAGGCCCGUUGAUUAGGAUUAAGAGCUAGCCUCUAUUCUGGGGAGUGCAGAAAAGGAGAGACUAAAUGGAGAAUGAUGGGAGGCUGGGAGGGAGAUCAAAGAACUAGCAGGCGAGAACUAAUGAAGUCCUAGUUUACAGUUGGGGUAGGAAGAGGUGGUUGGAGGAUUCAGUGAGCAUUACUGUAGUUGUUAAAUCCAGGUGCUUUUUCCCGCUUCUGCCACACGCAAAAUUGUCUUUCGAUCGCAAAGGCAGAAGAACAGCAUCACUAAAAACAUGGCCCAUGAACAUGGACAUCAUAAAAUGGAACUUCCAGAUUAUAAACAAUGGAAGAUAGAAGGGACACCAUUAGAAACUAUCCAGAAGAAGCUGGCUGCAAAAGGGCUAAGGGAUCCAUGGGGCCGCAAUGAAGCUUGGAGAUACAUGGGCGGCUUUACAAAGAGUGUUUCCUUUUUUGAUGUAUUCUUUAAAGGAUUCAAAUGGGGAUUUGCUGCAUUUGUGGUAGCUGUAGGAGCUGAAUAUUACCUGAAGUCCCUGAAUAAAGAUAAGAAGCAUCACUGAAGAUAAUACCUGGAAGUAUCAUAGUGGUUUCUUAACUCUCCAAAAUAAAAUUUCUUCACUGUA